AUGCUUUCAGCCCUUCUCUCUGAGAUUACUGCGGCGCCAACCAGAACGCGGCAAAAUGCGGAACUUGAGACCGCUCUGGAGCAUCAUUUGUCCGAACUUGUUGUUCAGCACCGUCUCUUGAAAGCUGCGUUGCUCAAUCUGAUAGAGUUGGGGCAGCAGACAGCAGUGGGAGCAACUCCUGAUGCGGACGCCGUAAUUUUUGACAAAAUCACCUCCGAAGGCGGUACUGUCUUAACGUGUGGCAUCACACUUGGCAUGACUUAUCUGACAACAGCUCUCAUCCUUAGUGGACAUGCCAUAGAAAGUGAAAACGCCGUUGUUGUUCUGAAUGUUGUGGAGUGUCACCUGUUAUCAUCCGCUUCCACCGCUUACAACCAUCUUCGUGGUCACAAUUAUGCCUUGCAGCGGUUUGAACAAUUGCUGAAUGGCUACGUUAAUAUCCUCGACCUUCGAGAUCCGAUGAAUUAUCAACGAAAGUUGUUUUAUCUUCACCAGGCGGCCGUCAGUUUCUCUCCCUCACCAGAGUACCUCAGCGUCGCCCACGCACUGCUGGUGCGUGAAGCGACUCGCUGCCGUUGUCCGUGGCCCGCGCUUGCCGUUAUGCGUCAACCCAUACUUGAGGUGUCACCAGCAGACACUGGUGCGGGUCUCGCAUGUUUUCAUAGUUACUACUGCAGUGGCGGCCUCUUGCUCGCUGCAAUGCAAUGUUGGGAGGAUGCCACAGUGUGGCUACGCUCCGCUCUUUGUAUGUCCAAAAACUUGCAGCGCAAAUCGGCAUUGGAAGCCCAAGCAGAAGUAGCAGUAACGACCACAGCAACCUUCUCAGCAUCACCCACAACUGCAUUGGGUGAGAGUGGUGAGAUCCGUGACACGCUGUUGAGGGCGGCGAAGGCCUUCAUCCUCGUUUCUAUUAUAUCUCAAGGUGACCUCCAUAACCCUGCUGACCGCAGGCGAGCACAACGCGUCAUGCAGCAAUUCCGUGGCGGUAACGCCGAUCCCUACUUUAGGCUGCUUUCCGCGGCGGCCAAACGUGAUGGGAAAUUGUGGGGCACCCUUGAGAAGCACUUUGAGUCCCUCUGGAAGCAAGAAGGGAUGGCGGAACUUGUUGCUGAGGCCGGUCUUCGCUUGCGACGUCAUGUCAUUCGCGACAUGGCAAGGGUAGCGAAUCGGGUGUAUAUAUCUGACAUCCUCUCUGCUUUACGCACCCACUCCCUUUUGGAGAUGGGUGACGUCGAUGGUGCGAAAGAAAUACCUGCCUUAAUUCAGACGCUGUUGAAUAUGCAGGAGGAAGGGGAAUUGCUCAUCCGUCUUGAGAAUGUGCAUCCUGGGAUGAUGUGGGAGGAGAGCAUGACGAUGGAAGAAGAGGGAAAUGACAUGGGAGUGAAGGCAUUGGUGGCACGUCUUGAGCUGCCGCCGAAGCGCAUUCCUGCAGUGCUGGGAACCCGUCGUCUUGGGUGCGGACUGCUUUCUCUGUCUGAUGUCGAUAUUGGGAAAAAGCAGCGCUACGAGCAGGUGCAGUUGCGUUGUGCCAUGGAAGAGAGAAUCCGACGAUAUGAAAGCGCACGUGCCGCGUUGAUGCGAGCGACGGAAGAGGCGGGCAUCGAAAAUGCCCAACUUGCGGAGGAUGAUAGCGGUCGGUGA